AUGCCGCCCUUCCGCCCGACGCACGACCAACCCGUCACGCUCGCCCAGCUGCGCCUCCUCGAGCCAGAGCUCCUCGUCGGCGAGAUCGGCCGCCUCGAGAACAGCAUAGCGCACCUCGAGCGGAGCAACGACGAGCUGGCGGCGUUCGUGCGCGGGGACGACGGCGACGAGCUCGACGACGACACGCGGCGCGAGUUCGAGGACUCGGUCAAGGAGAACGAGGAGACUAUUGCUCGGCAGCACGAGCGCAUCGCCAUGAUCCGCGUCGCCCUCGAGGAGCAAGUCGGCGUCGACGCGAGCAACCCGCACUACGCCGUCGCGCAGGCGAGCGCGGCGAGCAGGGCGCCACCACCGGCUGCGGCGCUCGAGGGAGGGGAGCAUGGCGAGGUCAUGGGCGUCGCGGCUGCGUCUUCGACGACGGCGGCGGGAGCAGCACCAUCGCGGACAGGAGGCGUCAACGGUGUGUCGGGCCGCGCAGGAGGAGGAGAGGACGACGACGAUGGAAUGUACCUCUGA